GGCACAGCACAUUUAGGCUCAGACAUUCAGACACGCUACACCAUUAACCACCAAACAUAAGCCAGAUUGAAAGCACAAUGGCUGUGGAAGAAGUCAUCUACACGUUGUUCGAGGUGCUUAUUGCUGUUAGCUGCUGUCUCGGUAACAUGUUGGUUAUUUUGGCACUGUGGACCAGUAAAAGCAUUCAACAGCCUACCUUCUGCCUUAUUGUCUGUCUGGCUGUGGCUGACUUUAUGGUUGGCUGCGUGGCCAUACCGCUGGCGGUGGUGGUGGAUGGACGAGUGAAGACUUCUUUCUACGGCUGUCUCUUCAUCAGCUGUGUGGUCAUUCUGUUGACCCUAGUCUCAGUUUUUUCUCUUUUGGCUAUUGCAGUGGACCGCUUCCUCCGGGUGUUUUUCCCUCUCAGGUACAAAAGGACUGUAACACAGAGACAUUCUUGGCUUGUAGUAGCAGCAUGUUGGCUUGUUGCAAUACCACUGAGCUUUGCUCCCAUGCUUGGAUGGUGCAACCAUGAAACCUGGUCUAAGUCCAUCAACUCUACUAUUGUCUGCAAGUUUAUAGAUGUGAUCCCCAUGUCAUACCUGGUUUACUUCAACUUCUUUCUUUGCACCCUGCCACCUCUGUUGGUGAUGACUGUAUUGUACGCCUACAUUUUCUGGACAAUCCGAGGAAACCUUCGAGAGAAACCAGGCAACGGUGCCCAAAACCAGUCGCAGAUGUACCUAAAGAAAGAGAGACAGCUGGCAGGAUCUCUGUCUCUGGUCUUGGCUCUGUUUGUGCUGUCCUGGCUCCCUCUCCACAUAAUGAACUGCAUACUUUACUUUGGUGGGCCAAAUGAUGUACCAUUACCAGUAGUCUAUAUUGGCAUUCUGCUUUCUCAUGCUAACUCAGCUGUAAACCCAGUUGUGUAUGCAUUCAAAAUACAAAAGAUCAAGACAGCGUACCUGAAGCUCUGGAGACGGUAUAUUUCAUGUGGAGAAGAAAAUCAAGGAUCUCAGACAAGCCAGUCGACAGACAACAAUCUCAGUAGUGUGGCCAACAAUGAGUGAAGGAAUAUUUUGUUUGUUUGCUUCUUUGUUUUUAAGGAAAGGUUUGAUUGACUAUUGAGCAUAAUUAAACAUUGGUCAAACACAUUGAGUGAAAAGUUAAGAAAGUCAGUUAAAGUAUGUGACGUUUGAAAUUAUUGAAAUCCAAAAGCUACCUUUAAAGGAUGAGGAUGAUGUUCUGUGUAUUGAUACUGUGAAGAUAUCCAGCCAAUUGCACUGAAAUAUCGCUAUGUUCAGGAAUCUGUUUGUGUUUGUGUGACCUGUUUGUGGGUAUACAUAUGGGUGAUUAUUGCACAAACUCUCUUGCAGAAAAAAGUGGCAACUUCCACUGUCUUAAAAGCUUUAGUUUCAUAUCACUGUUGUGCUUCUGUUUAUAUUGAAGUUCCAGUUCUUUUGUCAGUUUCACAGAAAGCACACACUGUGUUGGAAAUUACCUUCACUAUCACUAUCUUUGAAAAAGAAUUGAACUUUUAUGACACUAGAAAGAUAAAUUCAGACAUCUUAAGCAUUAUUUUUGUUGUAAUUAAAUUGGGAACAUUCAUUUUAUGGCAUGUAGCCGUGUACACCUGACUAGAAAACUAGAAAACCAUGUACAAUGUUAUAUAGUCAAACAGCCCUGUAAGAGAACUCUUUAGACCUUCAGCCCAUAUUAGACCGGUGUGAGAUGUAUAGUAAUUUAUUUGAAUCUGUAGUUUUCAAUCCAUUGAUUGGAUAGCAUAGACAUCUUAUAAUAAUAUGUCUUCCCCCAUUGAAAAGGAAGUAGAAAAAACAUUUCAAAAGAGUGCAGUCUACCACAACACCACCACAAAAUACAGCUUCAAGAAUUACCCAAAAGUUGAGUCAGCUAGUCCUUACAAGUAUCACAAAGGAAGCAUUUAUUGCACAACUGUUGGUUGCACAGAUAUACACAGAUACACAAUAUGGAAUAUCACCAAUACGUGACCAACUACCAGUUGUACUACCACAGCUAACAAAAAGCAUAAACAAUAUACUGUACAGAUGUUUCUUUUUUGUACCAGUUCAUAAUAAUUGAUGUAGUUUUAACAAGCAAUCUCAAGAGUAGUCUGGCUCAACAGAUGUACAUUACUGGGAUGAAGCCUGACGGGUGUCCCUCCCCUCUCACUAUCUCCAGUAUCGGGGCUUAGCGCCACCCAGGACUGUUGUGAUUGAUUUAAAGAAAUACAAACAAGAUAGCGUUUUUUCCCCUAUCCCAGAAUAGCUAGGCAGUGUAGCUACCAUACUCCAUCGCUGAUCGGGUUGUUUUUAUAACAUUGUUAGUGACAUCUGUUGGUAAUGUGCAUUGCAUUUUGAAUUUGUUUUACUUUAUUAUUUUCUUAUAAAGUAGGCUACAGUAUCAAAACGAGAUAUUUGCAGUGCACACAGGAGUAUAGUGAAAAAGACACACUUGAUUUUACAGGUACAUCGAUUUAAUUAAAAGAUUAGUACGACAUUUUCUUUGGCUAAUCAGUAUUCAUCUUUAUUAUGCUGUUUGUUUUUGUGUUAAUGCUUGUCUUAAGUUCUUACUUCAGAAAUGAAGUGGAAGUUGAUUGCUUAUGUUCACAGGCUUGUGGUUAGUUGUGUGAUAAUUAAGCCCUUUUUCCAUUUCCUCACUUUAAGAAUCUAUUCAGCUCUAUUUUCUUUUGUACAUACCCUACACCUUUGAAGUUAAAAAUAAACUUGUUUCCUGUUAAUGAA